AUGUAUAGUCCAAAUUAUCCAAAUGGAGAAUUUAAUGGACAAAUAGGUGCUAUUCCACAAUAACCUGGCUAACUAAUACAAAAUGCCAAGUUUAUAGCAAAAAAAGAUUAUGCAACUUGGGCUUAAGAAGUUCCCCCAUUAAGGUAAAUUAAUCCAAUAUUCCUAUAGACCAAAGUCUAGGGAAAUGGAAUUAAUGGAUCUACUACUUGUCAAUAAUAUAUCUAAAAAAUAAACCAGUCUUCCUUAUAUUAAUUAAAACAGAUCUCCUAAACCUGAAAAUGUUUAAACUUCUAGAUUACUAGCACCUAUGCAUCCCUAAUAUCAUCAUCUUAGCCCAUAUCCUAUUCCACCAGGAUAUCCCUUACCAAAUAGUAAGAAAUACCUAUAUACAAACUUUAGUGAAUCAAGUUUAGUAAUUCCAGUAUUUUCCUUCAUCUUAUGCAUAGAAUUAAAUUGUACACUUUAUCAAAUUAAUAUAGUAAGGCCCAUAUGCCCCAAUAAUAAAUACUACAUUCAAACAGAAACUCAGAGUCUACUCUUGAAUAUGUGAGAGAAAUGAUUAAGAGAUAAAAUCAAUUUCAGGCGAGAUAAGAAAAACUAGAAAAAUAAAUAAUCAAAUUGAGAAAAAAACCAUCUAAAUUAAAUGAGCAAACCGAAAUGUCAUUUAAAUAGCAAAGGCUGUUCGAAAUACCUCCUCCUAUCUACCCAUUUGAACAACCAAGAAUUAUAACCAACAGACAAAGCGAUAAUAAGAAGACAAAUAAGUUAAAUUACUAAAUAAAUAUGCUCAAAGAACUUGUAUUAAAUUAGACUCUAUCUAUAUUAGUAAUAAAUAAAGAACAUUAGUAAUGGAGUACUUGAAAGUGAGAGUUAAUCUAGUGAGUCUAGUGUGGAGUAUGUGUAGAAACCUAGAAAGUAAAGACUUAAACCAGUUCCUAUUCCACCCUAUUACGAUUUGACUUAGGAUGAAAAGAGAUUGAAGGAUCUGAUCAAACAAAACAGCAACUAUAAAAUAAAAAGAGCUUUUACCAUGAUUGCUUAUUUAAUGUUCCAAAUAAAGUAGUUUAAGAAAAUAGGAGCAAUCAAAAUAAGCAUAUCCAAAGAUAAAACUCCUUAGUUGGAAAAUGAACAUAAAACAGAAUUGAUGAGAUUUUCACCCACUGUAAGCGAUCCUUUGGUUUAGAAGAUGGCUCAAUAAAAUGUUAAUUUAAGAGUGGUCGCAACUCCAGAAUAGAAGGUGACUCCUAAGGCUUUAAUCUAAAAUUCGAAUGCUUUAAAAUAAUAUAUUUCAGAUGUAUUUCAAGCAGUUUCUAAUUACUCACUUAAGAAAAGCUCUCUGGAGUAUCUUAGCAAAUUAACUCGAGAUUAUGAAUUCCUAUAAUAAAACUAUCAUUCAAAGUUCGAGCUAAAUAGAUUAUAAUUUGGAUUCUCAGGAUGUCUUAACAAUAUGAAACCUACAACCCAAAAUAUGAUGAUCAUUAUGAAUUUUUGGAUCAGGUUUUUCAUUCCUUUUAGUUUUCCUGAGACUUAAAAGAAUAUUAAGGAUAUUAAUGAGGUGAUGUAAACUAAUUUAAAAACAAUUGUAUCAGCUUUAUAUCAAAUAGCCUUGUUAGCUAGCAAAAAUUUAGCUUAACCUAUUCCAAACAAUACGAAAGAGCUUCCAAUAGAAAAAACCACAAAAGAAAAGAAUCCCUUUUUGAUAAAACUAGACUAAUUCAGAGAAACUCAAGAAGAGAUGAAUCUUUUAACCAGAAUGUAAGCGGAGAAAUUAGAUGAACCUCUGAUGUAUCCAGUAUACACUUUAAGAGAGAUGGACAAAUUGUAAGCAAUUCAUAUAAUAUUUGUAGUUUUGACAAUGAAAGGUCUUUCAUAAGUGAGAAAAUCCAAUAUUUAAUUAAUUGGUGCAAUGGAAUUAUGGGUGCAGUCAACGAUUUUAAAAAACAGGAGAUUUAGGAGAUGCAAAAACAAAAGAAGCAAUAAAUGGAUAUGCUGAAUUAAAAUGUGAUUGAACCAAAAAAAAAAUAAGUGACAUAAAUUAUAAAGGAUCAGAGAUAAUAAUAUUAAUAGAAUAGUUCAGAAAUAAAACAAUUGAAAUAAAAGAUUCAAGAGGAGAAGGAGAAGAAUGAAAAAAUGAAGAAAGAUUAUGACGAAGCUGUAAAAAAACAUGAUGAAAAAUAAGAAAAAUUGAUAUUAUUAGGUGUAAAAUGA